GUGCGCUGUGUCCCCCGGACACAGUGGAUCACUGAAUGAAAAGAGCCGAAGCUGUCGGCUCGGUCAUGUGAGCAACUGUGUCCAAUCACAGCUGAUCGCAUGGCACUGAUGAUCAGUGUGCCCUGAUGAUCAGUGUAGCCCCAGCAGUGCCACCUGUCAGUGUCCAUCAAUGCCAGCUGUCAGUGCUCAUCAAUGCCACCUGCCAGUGCCCAUCAGUGCCACAUCAAUGCCACAUAUCAGUGCCUACCAAUGCACAUCAAUGCCAGAUAUCAGUGCCCAUCUGAGUUGCCUUUCAGUGUCACCUAUCAGUGCCAGUCAGUGCCACCUAUCAAUGCCAGUCAGUGCUAUCUAUCAGUGCUGCCAAUCAGUGCCACCUAACAGUGCCCAUCAG